UAAUAUAUUUUGACUUGUUGUUAUAGAUUACACGCCUAGACUAUUUGAAAGAUUGGACGUCGGUUGAAACAAUGUAUCUAGGUAUGUUUCAAGGAAGGACACUUUUAUUCACUUGACAGCUAGUUGCCAAAAUAUGAGGACAUAGGUUUGUUAGUGCGCAAGCAACUAAAGCUCCGCCUUCCGAGGUGGGAUUUUUGUUUACGUUCACCACCCACCAAAGCAAAGGGAAGGAGUUGGUGUUCAUAAACAAGUCUGUAUCAAAACAAUUACAGAUCAGUUAUAGUUUCGUGCUAACCGUCGGCCAAUAUACAUUUGUCAGACUGCAAUAAGAGGGCCAAGGGAGGCAAAACAUAUACACAAUGAUUGGAAAGAUACUUGCCCAUUUCCUUGGUAGCACAGAUUACGAUGUUCCCACAGAUGACAAUGAAACCUAUGAGGAGCUCAUUGAGUUUGAGGAGGGAGGAUGGGUCGUUAUCAACAUUCAAGAGAACAACUCCCUGAGCCCCCCUGAGGAAGACCCUUUGGACAACCUGCUGAUUGAGCAUCCCAGUAUGUCUGUAUACCAGAUCAGACACCAGACCAGCGAUGAGGAAGACUCAGAUAAAAAUAAUGCUUCUCCCAGGUCUGUGCCAGUCCAACAGCAUGUGUCCUGGAGGCUAGCUGCCUGGGGAAGCCCACUUCCAUGCAACAUCCACCUGCUUGCCAUACAGCGAGCCAGGACUCACAUGGAGUGCAAGAAGCUGACCAGGAGUGCUCUCCAGAGACAGAACCUUUCCAAGAUGCGCUUCUCCCCCUCUGACAGACGCUUUGGUCACUUCAAACAACCCUGCCAGCGUCUGUACAACUACUGAGUGUCUGAGUAACCACGCCACUGUCUGAAGCCACUUAACAUACAGACCUUAGACCUAUGACAUCAUGACUUUGUGAAUCUCUUUACCCUGAUCAGGGGAACCCCCUUAGCUGAGUAUGUUAUUAACAUACUGAGCCCAGUUUGAGAGUGAAAUAGCCUUGAGUAGAUGUGUGUGCAUGUGAAAAGUAUUAUAACUGGCUUGUUACUGUUAAGUCUUAUGGCUCUGAUGAAAACUUUGAUGUACUGUAUGAAAUGCAAAAUGUUUUAGCGUUUGCAAAUAUGAUUUUGAUAGGAUAUGGAAUACUUUGUUUUUAUUACUUUGUGUGCCUUAGAUACGUUGUGGGUAUACAUUUUAGUCAUUUAGCAAACGCUCUUAUCCAGAGCGAUUUACAUGAGCAAUUAGGGUUAAGUGCCUUGCUCA